AGAACAUGCAAGCGCGCCAAAUAGGAAGAACGUUGUGUAGCUAGCUACGUGCUGAUCAAAUUCGCAGCAUAGUAAACAAACCAUACCAAAAGCCAGGUAGCUAACUAGAUACUGUAAGCUACUAAACUUUAAUUUCACUUAUGAGGGAGCUUAAUCACCAGUUACUUUUCCUGGAACUUCGAGGCAGGACCAGAAAUCGAUUGGACUAGUAGGAACUUGCCGAACAAGCCAAGGUAAGCGUCAAGUGUUUUGUCUCUCUGCUAGUCUGACUGCUUUGUAUCAGCUGCUAAGCCAUGUUGCCAUCUAACUAGCUUGCUAACGUUCCCUUGCUAAAUAAAUAAAUCAAGAAAAUGUUGUUAGCAAGCUACAGAUCAUCUCUAGUGGCCAGUUGUUGUCAUGGGAACAUCCGGCGUGCACUGUUUGUUAGCCAGGAAGGAACAGCAGAGUCAGACAACAACAGACAUUUGCAUUGGAGCAAACAGUGACAGAAAAAAAAAAUCUAAUUAUUUAGAGGACGUUAGUGCACUAGCUAGUUACACAGGGGAUAGGGGGUCAUUUGAGACGCAGACAGUGAAAGGGUUCAUAACGCCUAUUCUGUUGCACGUAAGGUUCAAAUUCCGUUUUUACAAUACAGCUAGUUAGUUACCCCUUUAAAUACGAGUUUCAUCUAAUAACACUGCAGUAUUGAACAGCAGUCCAGAAGCCACCAAUGAAUAGGUGAACUCUUGUCUACAACCCUUUCUUCAUUCAAUACACUACCAUAGCUCAGAUAUCUCACCACACCCACUGUAUGCUCACCCCUAUGUCUGACCUCCCUGACCUCUCACCCAGUUAUUUUGUUCUUCCACCCCCUCCUUCUCCUGUCCCACUAACAGCAAUGGACCAGGGUGGUGGUGUGGCGUUGUGGCCUCGCAUGGAGCCAUUCCUCUUGGGGGCUCUGCAGGUGGCACCCCCUACCAAACUCAGCCUGCACUACCUGCGCAAGAUGGCUGCCUACGUGCGCUCACGAGAGGGCUGCUUCCCCAUGCUGGGCUGGCUCAUGUGGAGGCACAUCGCCUGUGGCAAGCUGCAGCUCCCUGAGGACCUGGCCUGGCUCUACUUCGAGACCUUUGACCUGCUGGUUGGUCAUCCUGCAGAGGAGAGGCUGGAGUGGGCUGAGAACCUGUCCCAGUGCUCCUCCGCCAGAGAGCUGGACCGCCAGAGGAGCAAGGUGAGCCGUGAGCACACUAGCGACAGGGGGAGGGAUGAGAAAAGGGCAGAGACCUGUAUGACUAUGCCCCCCAGGGAUGUGUUGGCAGUUGGACUGUAAUAAUAUCUAUCCUGUUGUAUCCUGCACUCCUUUUGUUUAGACAGACGUUGACAGGAGUCUGUUCAUGAUCCUUUUAGGUAUUGUUUGUGAGACUGUCCUAUGUGAAGUAUUGGUUUGUGUUCAGAAUCAGAUAAAGAGAUUUCUCUGUAUUUCCCUCUUCUCUAUUUUCCAGUUGUGUGUGGACACGCUGCAGUUCCUCCUCUUCCUCUACAUUCAGCAGCUGAACCGGGUGUCUCUGCGUACAUCUCUGAUUGGUGAAGAGUGGCCCAGCCCCCGCUCUCGCUCACCCUCCUCGGACCGCGAGGCAAAGACCAGCUCUCAAAACAAGGUCCUGUUGCUCUAUAUUGCUUACAGGUUCAACGGCAUACUGAGAGUGGAAAUGUACAUGAUCAGGUCUCUCUAACCUAUCUCUAUACAUUAUUUAGUUUUCUUUCUUGAAAUGCAAAGCAAAACAUGAUGUUGUAGUAAUUGACAUUGUAAUAUAAAAAAGUCCCCUGUAGCUCAGUUGGUAGAGCAUGGCGCUUGCAACGCCAGGGUUGCGGGUUCGUUUCCCACGGGGGGCCAGUAUGAAAAUGUAUGCACUCAGUAACUGUAAAUGGAUAAGAGCAUCUGCUAAAUGACCAAAAUGUAUUAGCUCCCAUAUCCAUGCAUUGUAUCAUUGCUCACAGUCUUUUCACCCUGUUGUUGUGAUCAGAACUGGGAUGACCAGGCCCACCUGUCCUUCCUCCAGGCCCACCUGUGUGAGCUGCUGGAGCUGCUAGUAGAACCAGGCCAGCUGUCAGGGUCCGGCCAAGCCGUGAAGGACAGCCAGGUCUCUCUGGAGGCUCUACAGGUGAAGGGAGGGAACAUAGUAUGCAUCCCAAAUGGCACCCUAUUCCCUAUAUAGUGCACUAUAUAGGGAAAAGGGUGCAAUUUGGGAUGCACUCAUCCUCAACUAUAUCUUCUUGCAUAAAACAGUGAAAGGUCCCAUAACAUGCCCAAAAUGUUGCAGUGUUCAUUCAGUUUUUACAAUACAACAAUUUUCCUUUUCAGUAAAGAACAAUACAAUAAAAUAUUUUCUCUACAGGGCCUCAGCCUGCUGCUGGAGGGCUCAGUAUCCCGCGGCCGGACCGUCCACCCCAUCCACAAGCUGCUCUCCAGAGCCCCAAUCCAGGCCCAGGCAGGGUACUCCAAACUCAGCCGCUCCUUCUCCCUGCACCCACUGAUGGCGUGGCUCAGACAGGCCCUGGUCCCCAACCCCUUUGGGAUGUCAACCUGCCUGAGGUCUGGGAAGAAGCUGGCCUGGGCUCAGCAAGGUCGGUUACUACCACCCAAAGUAAACCCUUAUGUGGAUCAUUAAUUGAUAUUUAGAUGUCACAGUCAAAUAAGGUAUGUUAGUAUGUUUAUAGAAAUUAGUGUGUUAUCUUGUAACUUUCUAGCUCACCUUUUUCUGUGGGAGAUGUGGAGAGCUAUCAGGAUUGAAGCAUGGCUGGCUGUCUGUCUGUGACUGUCUUUUCUGUUUGUUCUCCUGUCCUCCAGUGGAGGGAGCUAUGAAGAGAGCUAAGAUUGCCCGGAACACCCACAUGGCCCCCCCAGGCAGCAAGAUGGUGCUGAUGUCACAGGUGUUCAGACAGACCCUGGCCAAGGACUCAGACAAGCUAGUGGGAGCUAACGUCAAAAUACACCGUUGCAGUGACGCUUUUAUCUACCUGCUCUCUCCACUCAGGUGAGGUUCUCUACCCAGAGUCAGACUGGACACUACAGCUUCACCUAAAUACAAUAACAUUUCAAUAGAAUGAUCCCUUUUCUCAGAUGAGAUGGCAUUCCCCGUGGUGUGUGUUUCAGGUCAGUGAGCCUGGACAAGUGUCGUAACAGCACGGUAGUCCUGGGUCCCAUCGAGACCAGUAUCCACAUCCAGAGCUGUGAGAACGUUAAGGUGGUGUGUGUAGCUGGCCGUCUGGCCAUAGGGUCCUCCUCCUACUGUACCAUCCACGCCCUCACCCCCACCCGGCCCCUACUGCUCCCCGGGAACACUGCUCUCACCCUGGGGCCCUUCCACACACACUACCCCUCCCUGGAGGAUCACAUGGCCAGUGUAGGUCUAGCUGUGGUGCCCAACGCCUGGGACCAGCCCUUACUGGUGGGAGUGGAGGGUACCACCCCAGACCCUGGAUCCUACAGGCUGCUGCCGCCUGCUGAGUUCUGCCCCCUUGUGGUGCCCUUCAGGAUGGAGGGGGAUACGUGUGAGGUGCCAGGCGGGCUGCCAUCGCUGUACCAGAAGACCCAUGAGGAGAGGGAGAAGAGUGUACAGGACUGGCAGAAGACAGUGAAGGAUGCCCACUUGAACAAGUGGGUCAUUAACAAAACUGCUAGAUUAAUUAGCAAUGGAAAUUUGACUAGGACUCAGAGAAUGGAAACAUGAAGUGCUUCCCAGUUUCCAUGAUCAACUCUUAAACAUGUCUGCUGAUUUUAUAGAGGGUUGUGAGCUCAGGGGGUCUGGUAAUGUUUCUCUUGUUGCUCUAUUCAGUCAGGCUUCUCUGUUUUCAGGGAGCAGCGGCGUCAGUUCCAGGCCCUGGUGGAGCAGAAGUUCCAUGAGUGGCUGUUGGAGUCGGGACACAGGCAGGAGCUGGACAGCCUUAUCCCCCCAUACAUCGCGUCCCAGGACCCCUCGGACAGCGACAGCCUGGAGGCCAGGACCAAUGAUACCAGACAGGAAGGGACAUCUAGACAGGAAGUGGGGCAGACACCUAUGCCUUGCUGA